AUGAAUCCCAAAGGCCUUCGACGCGUGGCGUCAGAGAUGAGCUUGAGAAUGUCUCCCCCGAGACGCAUGUUUUCUCAUCAGUCUGAGGUAUCUGAAUGUAGCGUCUCCACCCCUAGCGUUGGUGGAAGCCCUACAAAGUCCAGCCGCGAGAGCAACUCCAAGUCCAAGAAGAGCAAGAACCGCUUCCUCAACCAAGUCAAAGAUUGGUUCACCACCGGAGAGCCAAGUGCUCAAGACUGGAAGCAGUUGAAGAAACAGGAGUACCGAAAGCACGGAAUCGCCAUCAACGACCCUGAGGCCAGUGCGAAGCUCCACGCUCCCAUUGGAGCGAUUCCCGAGGAGGCCAUCAAACCGUCUAGCGGCCCCGAGCCCGAGGAGCUUGCCAAAAAGAGAGCGGUGAACCGGAAGCAGAUCCGCCGUUACGGCAGCUCUUUGAGAGAUUCCAGCUCGGUCUCUUCUGAAUCGUCGUCUGGCAGCCGGGAGGUCAACCCGAUCGCGCCGUGGGCGUAG